AUGCAACAGGCUGUAGAACGAGCUUUGGACCGUGCGGACUAUGUCAUCGCAAGUGCCCAGCAGAGGCCUCCUAAAAGGAAACGCUCGUCGAGUGGGGAAGCAUCUCUCUAUGAAAAACUUUAUGACAUUUAUGUGGAAGAAUGUGGGAAAGAGCCUGAGGCUCCGGAGGAGCUAAGAAGCAACGUGAACUUGCUAGAGAAGCUCGUCAGGAGAGAGUCGUUGCCCUGUUUGGUGGUCAACCUACACCCGGGAGAGGGGGGAUAUUCGCUGAUGCUCGAGGGGAAACAUGGGGCGUGUUCGGAGACCAUUCGGUUGCCUUAUGAAGAAGGGGAAUUUCUGGAAUACCUGGAUGCUGAGGAGUUACCCCCUGGUCUGCUGGACCUCCUGGAAAAAUCUCAGGUUAACUUUUUCCACUGUGGGUGUGUCAUAGCACAGGUGCGGGACUACAGGCAGUGCGGUGGUGGGGAACCUCCCGGCUACCAGAGCAGGCAUAUUCUCCUGCGCCCGACCAUGCAGACGUUAGCCUGCGACGUGCAGUCCAUAAGCAGCGAUGGCCAGGAAUGGACCCAGGAGGACAAACUGCUGCUUGAGAGCCAACUGAUCUUGGCUACUGCGGAACCCCUGUGUCUCGAUCCUUCCGUAUCAGUAGCCUGCACGGCAAACAGGCUGCUCUAUAACAAGCAAAAGAUGAACACUCCCCCGAUGAAAAGGAGCUUCAAGAGGUAUUCUGCACCCUCUCUGAGUCGGCAGCGGCAGCUGUCUCAUUGUCCACCUCCUCCUGAGCUAAAAGUAUUGACUUCUUGCAAAAAAAGCAAAGAAAGUAAAACAAGUGAGAAUUCUGACUUCAUAAUUUCUAAAGCAGAAAAUUAUGUAGAUAUGUGGAAACAGAGACCCUGUGACUUGGCUGUACCUUCUGAAGUGGAUGUGCAGAAAUAUGCUAAAUGGGAGAAGUUUGUCAAAUAUGAUGACUCACAACCAACAGUCUGGCCAGCCCAUGAGGUAAAAGAUGAUUCUGUAUUUGGAUAUGAAGGUGGUGAUGAGUCUCAGACAACAAAGCUGACCUUCAUGCAGUCGCUUAAUGAUCCACUUAUCUCUGGAAAAAGAAGGCGACGUAAAAAAGUAAGAUAUGAGAGACAGAUGUCUCCUCCUCUGCACCCCUCCACAGAUGACCAUUCAGAUAGUGUCCUGCCGGGGUCAAAGACUGAUGCUGGGGUAGUAGUCACUGAGUCAGAAGUGGUGGUCCCGCAGAAGACCAAAUAUCCGGUCACCACGUCACAAAGUUCCAGCGACUCAGCCAGCCUCGGCCAGCUUCCUCCAGGGAAAGAAACUGAACAGCCUAAAAUUGUGUCUGUUCAGUCUUCAGUCCUGGGGAAGGGAGUCAGACAUCUAUCUCCAACCAUCAAACUUCCCUCGAGCUCAGAAAAGACUUCAUCAGGAAACAGUUUUCCUCCAUGGCAAGGAAGCAGCUUUCUUAAAUCUCCAUCUCCUGUUCUUGCUUCUAACCCACCAAGUCUUUCUCAGAAAUCCACUGUGGACGUGAAUCCAGUUAGCCCAUUUCCUGCAGCCACCAUGUCCACUACCAGCUCAUCACAAAGAAUCCUGGCCACCCAGGUCACAGUCAACUCCCAGAAAUCCUCUGUGGAAGUGAAUCGAAAACCCUCUAUGGAAGUGAUUCGAGUUAGAAUGCUUCCUCCAGCUGCUUUGUCCACUACCAGCUCAUCACAAAGAACCCUGGCCACCCAGGUCAUGGCCAACUCUCAGAAAUCCUCUGCAGAAGUGAAUCGGGCUAGCAUCCUUCCUGCAGCCACUGUGUCCACUACCAGCUCAUUACAAAGAAGCCUGGCCACCCCGGUCAUGGCCCAUUCCCAGAAAUCCUCUGCGGAAGUAAUUCAAGUUAGCAUGCUUCCUGCAGCCACCCUGUCAAAUACCAGCUCAUCACAAAGAACCCUGGCCAUCCCAGUCAUGGCCAGCUCCCAGAAAUCCUCUGUGGAAGUGAAUCAAAUUAGCAUGCUUCCUCCAGCCACCCUCUCAACUACCAGCUCAUCACAAAGAACUCUGGCCACCCGGGUCGUGGCCAACUCCCAGAAAUCCUCUGCAGAAGUGAUUCAAGUUAGCGUGCUUCCUCCAAUCACUCUGUCCACUACCAGCUCAUCACAAAGAACCCUGGCCACCCGGGUCAUGGCCCCUUCCCAGAAAUCCUCUGUAAAAGUGAAUCGAGUUAACAUUCUUCCUGCAGCCUCCCUGUCCACCGCCAGCUCAUCACAGAGAAGCCUGGCCACCCCAGGGAUGGCCAACUCUGAGGGCCACAACAUCAUCAAAGUGGUGGGCCCUGGAUGUGGAGCCCAGGCUUUGGGGAGAGGUCCCAGUCCCAGGAAGGGCUCUACCUCUGGGACCAUAGCUCCUGCAGGAAUCAAGCCCAGUACCCUACCCUCAAGAGCUCAGCCACCAAAUGCAGUGCCUGAUGCACCGCCGAUUCCUUCUCAAGUAGGUGUUCAAUUUAUUUUAAAUAAUGCCUCCAGUAUCAGUCCAGUAACUCUACUGGGGCUUCCACAAGGUUCGCUCCUUUUGAACACCCCGCAGCAGCCUCAGCAGCAGUGGCUCUAUCAGUUGAUUCCCCAACCACAACUCCAACAACCCACAACUACUAGUCAACAGCCCACAAGUACUGGUCCUCAGGAGCCAGUGCCACAGGGUUCAAGUGCACGAGGUUCAACCAGUCAGAGAACAGUGUCAUCUGCUCAGCAAGCCAUUGUCCUUAACCUCCCUGGAGCAGGAAGUUUUCUGCAGCCCCAGGCGGCGCUGUUGGCUCCGCUUGGCUCUGCGGAGAGCCAGAGAAGACCCCGGCAGAUCAGCCCUCGCCCUGCGCACCCACUGCUGCCGGCCCCUGCUUCGCAGCCGCCGGCCCCGCCGCAGGCACAGCCCUUGAGAACCUUGCAGGGCCCCGUGGCUGUCAUGACAGUGGCCGCGCAGACAGCUGGGCCGCCUCCGGGCCAGCAGGCCGCGAGCCAGUCCAGAGGUAAAAUCAGGAAAGGUACAUCAACUACUCCAAAAUCCUAG